CGUUACGCAUCACGUGAUAAUUGACCCCCAGGUGAAAAGACACCAGUUUUCGUGUAAGCAAGGCUUAACCAGUCUUAAAUAUGGUUCAUUUUUGCGCUGUUUUUGGUUGUUCCAAUCAUUUAAAUCGAGGAAUAGAUAAAAGAUAUUACCAUUUCCCUGCUAUGAAGAAAAAUGUUAACAAAGAGAAACAAAUGCUUCAAGGACAAUGAAGAAAUGAGUGGUGAAAGAGAAUACAGCGAGAGGAGCUAACCCUGAAAACUCCAGAGAAAUUUGCGACGAUUUAAAAUUUUUUUUUUUUUUUAAAUAGACAGGCGCAGCAGAGUAUGGAAGAGUUUGUUUAAGAAUCUCCUUUUAUUUCUGCCCACACUUGAAUUAGCUUCUUCAUGAAAGUGUUCAGACAAAAUCAAAUGAUUUUCUUCCAGAUGAACCAACUUCCUCAUUCGACAUGGAAAACCCAGAUUGGGCACAAAACAAACAAACACUGACACAAUUCGUUAAAAAACCCAACAAGGAGUGACAUGCUCCUGAUGCAUCCUGAAAGAACAGAAAAGAUUAAGAUCAAAAAGCGCUGAAGCUUUGCUUCUGUUAUCAGAGGAACUCAGUCCUGUGCAAAAUGUCAACCUGGAGCCAGAGUGUAGUAAUGAACCUACAGUUUGAGAGAGUUCUACACAAACGCACUGAACUUUACAACAGCUGCAGGCAUGUGAAAUGGAAAUAAAUCGACUAAGGCAGGAAAAACUAUUUUGGAUAAAAUUGUUACUGUCUGUUGCACACUUAUCAACCUGUGUGACUCAGUUGUGCCUUUUGAAUAGAACAGUGAUUCUCAAACUGUGGUAUGCGUACCACUAGUGGUACGCGGGCUCCAUUUCUAGUGGUACGCCAAAGAAUCACUUAAUUAAAUAUAAAUAAAAUUUAAAAAAUAAAACGUGAAAUACUAUCCAUAAUAUCCGAAUGGAUGAAAAUAUUUUAUCAACCGAUGACAAGAAAAUGAAAAGAGAUACAAAUUAAGUUAAUAAUUUAAAAGCGUUUGCAAGUGCUUCUGGGUAGCCAUACGUAGCGUACGUACGCAUUCCCGCCGGUUCCGCUGACAGACGGUUAUCCGCCAUUGGUAGACUAGGCUGUGAUGGGGAAAAGGUGGAGGUGGCUUUGCUAAUUAUGACUAGUACGACAAAAUUACUGUCGUGGCUUAAAUCCGCGAAUGCGAGCGUGGAUCAAGAGAGAGGGAGAACUGAAGAGGAUGUGUGUGAGCCGAGCGCAGAUGCUAAUGACAGUGGCAAAACCAGCCCCAGAACUGCUAGCAAACAGCACAAACCAGUGAGGAGGAAGUAUGACGAAAAAUACAUAAAACUGGGAUUCAUUUGGAGCGGGACAGAGGAGCUGCCCAGGCCACAGUGUGUUGUAUGCGGGGACCUUCUGAGCAAUGAGUCCAUGAAACCAUCGCAUCUCAAACGGCAUCUUACAACCAAACACACAGCACUAAAGGACACACCAAUGGAUUUUUUUUACGAAAACGUGAUGAACUGAAGCAGUCCAAGUCCACCAUUCUGUCCUAUGGUACACCCGUAGCCAAAGCACAGGAAGCUUCAUAUCGUGCCAGCCUCCUGAUCGCCAGAGCCGGUAAGCUGCACACAAUCGGGGAACUGCUGUGUUCCCCGAUUGUACUGAUGGUACUGCUGUGUACCAUUAGCCAAAGAGAUGACACGUAUCAUGUGUGGAGAGAAAGCUGCCAGAGAGUUAAACUUGGUGCCGCUUUCAAAUGACACUGUGUCAAGGAGAAUAAACGACAUGGCUGACGAUGUUAAGACGCUGAUUGAGCGCAUUAAGAACAGUAGAUAUUUUGCCAUACAGCUUGAGACUACAGAUGUUGCAGAUUUGGCCAAUUUAUUGGUUUAUGUGAGAUAUGAAUAUGACGGUGUGGCGCAGGAGGACUUUAUGUUCUGUAAAUCACUGGAGACCAGAACUACAUCAGAGCAAAUAUUCCAGUUACUGAACAAGUUCAUCCAGGAGCAUGGCUUGGAUUGGACGUUGCAGGACUGUGUUCACAGAGGCAUGCACACCCAUCACAUUAAGCUCAAAAGCAGUCACUGGAGUUAAGAAACAGCAAGAACUGCAGCUAUGCAUAGCCUGUUUUGAUUUUUUUCAAGUAUACAGGAGCAUGCAGUGUGAAGAAUACAUCGAUGCCAAAAGUGAGACGCAUGUGAAUUGGAUGAGGUAUGUGAAUUGUGCCCGUAAUGAAGAAGAACAGAAUCUCGUGGCAUUUGAGUAUCAAGGGGGAAUUCUGUAUCGUUGCUGUCGAUCCAUUAGCCCAGGACAGGAGCUCUUGGUGUGGUAUGAAGAGGAGCACACCAAAGAACUCAGUCCUGCACCUACAGGAACAACCAGACAGCAAGAAGUAAAGAACACUCUGCUGCAAGUCUUUUCAUGCUCCACAUGCCCUCGUUCCGAUGCAUCUCCAAUUUACCUCGACAAGCAUAUCCAGAGAUGCCACUAUGAAGAGUACGUGAGACUGCGAGAAUCAGGAGAGAUUAAAUAUAAGCUUCAGAUCCCCUCCAAAUGCUGCAGUCGUCAACCAACAUCAACUGAUAUUGUCCAUUCUGAUACUUCCCAUAAUGAUAUACAGAAGGAAAUUCACCACUGCUCAGAUUGUGGAAAGAGUUUUAGUUAUCAGAAUGCACUCAAGACACACCAGCGCAUUCACACAGGGGAAAAGCCGUAUCACUGCUCACAGUGUGGGAAGAGUUUUACUCGUCAGAGUGAUCUCCGACGACACCAGCGCAUUCACACAGGAGAGAAGCCGUUUCACUGCUCACAGUGUGGGAAGAGUUUUACUGAACGGAGUCAUCUCCAAACACACCAGCGCAUUCACACAGGAGAGAAGCCGUUUCACUGCUCACAGUGUGGGAAGAGUUUUACUGAACGGGGUCAUCUCCAAGUACACCAGCGCAUUCACACAGGAGAGAAGCCGUAUCACUGCUCACAGUGUGGGAAGAGUUUUACUCGUCAGAGUGAGCUCCGACGACACCAGCGGAUUCACACAGGAGAGAAGCCGUAUCACUGCUCACAGUGUGGGAAGAGUUUUACUCAGCGGAGUGAUCUCCAAAAACACCAGCGCAUUCACACAGGAGAGAAGCCGUAUCACUGCUCACAGUGUGGGAAGAGUUUUAGUCAUCAGACUGCUCUCCGACGACACCAGCGCAUUCACACAGGAGAGAAGCCGUAUCACUGCUCACAGUGUGGGAAGAGUUUUACUCAUCAGCGUAAUCUCCGACUACACCAGCGCAUUCACACAGGAGAGAAGCCGUAUCUCUGCUCACUGUGUGGGAAGAGUUUUAAUCAGCGGAGUGAUGUCCAAACACACCAGCGCAUUCACACAGGAGAGAAGCCGUAUCACUGCUCACUGUGUGGGAAGAGUUUUACUUAUCAGAGUACUCUCCAAACACACCAGCGCAUUCACACAGGAGAGAAGCCGUAUCACUGCUCACAGUGUGGGGAGAGUUUUAGUCAUCAGACUGCUCUCCAACGACACCAGCACAUUCACACAGGAGAGAAUCCGUAUCUCUGCUCACAGUGUGGGAAGAGUUUUAGUCAUCAGACUGCUCUCCGACGACACCAGCACAUUCACACAGGAGAGAAGCCGUAUCACUGCUCACAGUGUGGGAAGAGUUUUACUCAGCAGCGUAAUCUCCGACUACACCAGCGCAUUCACACAGGAGAGAAGCCGUAUCUCUGCUCACUGUGUGGGAAGAGUUUUAAUCAGCGGAGUGAUCUCCAAACACACCAGCGCAUUCACACAGGAGAGAAGCCGUAUCUCUGCUCACUGUGUGGGAAGAGUUUUACUCAGCAGAGUAAUCUCCAAACACACCAGCGCAUUCACACAGGAGAGAAGCCGUAUCACUGCUCACAGUGUGGGAAGAGUUUUACUCAUCAGAGUCAUCUCCAACAACACCAGCGCAUUCACACAGGAGAGAAGCCGUAUCACUGCACACAGUGUGGGAAGAGUUUUAGUCAUCAGACUGCUCUCCAACAACACCAGCGCAUUCACACAGGAGAGAAGCCGUAUCAGUGCUCACUGUGUGGGAAGAGUUUUACUUCUCAGAGUGAUCUCCGACGACACCAGCGCAUUCACGCAGGAGAGAAGCCGUUUCACUGCUCACAGUGUGGGAAGAAUUUUACUCAUCGGAGUACUCUCCGAACACACCAGCGCAUUCACACAGGAGAGAAGCCGUAUCACUGCUCACAGUGUGGGAAGAGUUUUACUCGUCAGAGUCAUCUCCAACGACACCAGCGCAUUCACACACGAGAGAAGCCGUAUCACUGCUCACUGUGUGGGAAGAGUUUUACUCAUCAGAGUACUCUCCAAACACACCAGCGCAUUCACACAGGAGAGAAGCCGUAUCACUGCUCACAGUGUGGAAAGAGUUUUACUGAACAGCGUCAUCUCCGACGACACCAGCGCAUUCACACUGUGUGGGAAGAGUUUUACUCAGCAGAGUAAUCUCCAAACACACCAGCGCAUUCACACAGGAUAGAAGCCGUAUCACUGCUCACAGUGUGGGAAGAUGUUUGCUUGUUUAGUUACAUUUAAGACCUUCAAGUGCACUAACUCAGACAUUGCAUGAUUUAAAGUUGUCAAAUUAAAUAUGGUUGUUACAGUUUUGGCUGAAAAUGACCUGUACUUUGAACUUUAUUGUUCAUGUUACACUGGUCACCAAUUUUUCAGAAGUUGUCUGCUUCAGAGAUGAAAUUGGCUAUUAUGAAAUUUGGUGUGUCGAAUUAGAAGUGACAGUUAAUCAGCUGAUUAGCUAUGGCUUCCAAGAUAUUUUAAAUUUUAUACUUACAGUUAGGUCCAUAUAUAUUUGGACGCUGACACAAAUUUUGCUUUUUUUUUUUUUACCUGUUUACUGAAACAUAUUCAAGUUAUAGUUAUAUAAUGGACAUAAAGUCCAGACUUUCAGCUUUCAUUUGAGGGUAUCCACAUUAAAAUUGGAUGAAGUGUUUAGGAGUUUCAGCUCCUUAACAUGUGCCACCCUGUUUUUAAAGGGACCAAAAGUAAUUGGACAAUUGGCUCAAAGGCUAUUUCAUGGGCAGGUGUGGGCAAUUCCUUUAUGUCAUUCUCAAUUAAGCAGAUAAAAGGCCUGGAGUUGAUUUGAGGUGUGGUGCUUGCAUUUGGAAGAUUUUGCUGUGAAGAAAAUAUGCGGUCAAAGGAGCUCUCCAUGCAGGUGAAACAAGCCAUCCUUAAGCUGCGAAAACAGAAAAAACCCAUCUGAGAAAUUGCUACAAUAUUAGGAGUGGCAAAAUCUACAGUUUGGUACAUCCUGAGAAAGAAAGCAAGCACUGGUGAACUCAUCAAUGCAAAAAGACCUGGACUCCCACAGAAGACAACAGUAGUGGAUGAUCGCAGAAUAAUUUCCAUGGUGAAGAGAAACCCCUUCACAACAGCCAACCAAGUGAACAACACUCUCCAGGAGGUAGGCGUAUCAAUAUCCAAAUCUACCAUAAAGAGAAGACUGCAUGAAAGUAAAUACAAAGGGUUCACUGCACGGUGCAAGCCACUCAUAAGCCUCAAGAAUAAAAAGGUUAGAUUGGACUUUGCUAAAAAACGUCUAAAAAAGCCAGCACAGUUCUGGAAGAACAUUCUCUGGACAGAUAAAACCAAGAUCAACCUCUACCAGAAUGACGGCAAGCAAAAAGUAUGGCGAAGGCGUGGUACAGCUCAUGAUCCAAAGCAUACCACAUCAUCUGUAAAACAUGGCAGAGGCAGUGUGAUGGCUUGGGCAUGCAUGGCUGCCAGUGGCACUGGGUCACUAGUGUUUAUUGAUGAUGUGAGACAGGACAGAAGCAGCCGGAUGAAUUCUGAGGUAUUCAGAGACGUACUGUGUGCUCAAAUGCAGCCAAACUGAUUGGUCGGCGUUUCAUAAUACAGAUGGACAAUGACCCAAAACAUAAAGCCAAAGCAACCCAGGAGUUUAUUAAAGCAAAGACGUGGAAUAUUCUUGAAUGGCCAAGUCAGUCACCUGAUCUCAACCCAAUUGAGCAUGCAUUUCACUUGUUAAAGACUAAACUUCAGACAGAAAGGCCCACAAACAAACAGCAACUGAAAACCGCUGCAGUAAAGGCCUGGCAGAGCAUUAAAAAGGAGGAAACGCAGCGUCUGGUGAUGUCCAUGAGUUCAAGACUUCAGGCAGUCAUUGCCAACAAAGGGUUUCAACCAAGUAUUAGAAAUGAACGUUUUAUUUAAUUUGUCCAAUUACUUUUGAGCCCCUGAAAUGAAGGGAUUGUGUUUAAAAAAUGCUUUAGUUCCUCACAUUUUUAUGCAAUCAUUUUGUUCAACCCACUGAAUUAAAGCUGAAAGUCUGAACUUCGACUGCAUCUGAAUUGUUUUGUUCAAAAUUCAUUGUGGUAAUGUACAGAACCAAAAUUAGAAAAAUGUCUCUGUCCAAAUAUUUAUGGACCUAACUGUAUGUACAUUGUGUAGAUCGUAAUGUUUUAAGUAUAAAUUGUAAAACUAGGUCUCUUCAUGUGUUUAUGGUCGGUUUACAUGAUAUUUCACCUGUUCUCUUUAUGUAACACUAGGAAA